CAAAGUCAACAACCACACAAAGCCCAGGACCAAUAAUAGAGCAAUUCACACUGAACUUCACAAUAACCAACCUCAGGUUCACAACAGACCUAAGGACACCAAGUUCUGCUAAAUUCAGAUCUACUGAGAAAAUAAUGCAACAUUAUAUUGAUCCCCUGCUUCAGAAGAGCAGCAUUGGUCCCUAUUUCACUGGCUGCAAAGUAACAGGAUUCAGGUCAAUGAGGAAUAGGGAUAACACUGGAGUAGACACCAUCUGCAGCUAUGGAAAUGGUUCCCAAGUGCCCAAGUUCAACCAAACUAAGGUUUACCAAGAACUAAAGAACAUGACAAAUGGCAUCACCAAAUUAGGAAUCUAUAACCUGGACAACAAGAGCCUCUAUAUCAAUGGUAAGUGCUUGAUUUUCUCAUUCCUCCAGGCAACAGAGGAGUUUGAGACCACCUCAGGUCUUAGGGAUCACUUCAAUGUAAAAAAAGUGACCUUAAGGAAUAGGUAGUCUCACUG